GUCUAUCGGUGAAUACACAUCACUAAGAUUAAGAACAACAUUAAAAAACCACCGAAAACUGUUAUUUAUUUUGCUGGACAAAUCGCAGUAUUGGCUUAGAAUAGGCAAACCCACAAAGUCCCACAAAGGUCUAGCCGCAGGCAGCACGAUGGAUACACCCUGAAUAGCCAGUCGGACUGCCAGCUAGCGGAUUGCAAAAAUAGGACGCGGAAUGCAUAGGAAGUCCAAGUGUGUCCCAUUCGGGGUGACGAUAAGUGUUCCUGUGGAUCGAAGGCCCUUAGCCUAGCAAUUCCCGCUUUUUGCGAAGGUAAGUCCACGCCCGAUGGGGCUUUGGUGUUGGUGUUGAAUGUGGAGCCCCUGGGCCAAAUGUGUAGCAUAUGUUUAGAAUAGAUUGGUUUGCGUAUAUGAGUGCUGUGGUGCUGGUGCAUUAAUUACUAACAAUCGGUUGCAAGACCCCGAAACUACACAGUCGUCGAGUUUUGUGUCCCGAAUACGAAAGACUUCAACGGUCCCUCCCCUCCUCCAGCGACCCCCGCCGCCUUAACCCUUACCCACCCCCAUAACCCCGCCUAUUUAGCAUUACAAAACUGCUGUUAUGUAUUCACUUCUUUAUUUUCGCUUUUUGUGUGUGAUUUUCGCUGUCGUUCGUGCUUUUUGCCCCGUUCUCUUUCAGUUUCGAUUCCCAGCUCCGGAUUCUAGCUUUAAUUCGCUUUUUCAACAGUUUGGUCGAGGGCCGUUGUGCUGCGAAAGUGAGUUAGUUUUCAGCUUCUGCGGGUGCGGCUCUAAUGAACCAUUAACCCUCCGCAGGGGCAGGGGGUUGCUCGGCACUGGAAUCGGAAUCGGAGGGUUCCCAAUCUGCUUGCCAGAUGUUCGUCGCAGUCCAGGGUCAUCGUCAUCGCUCUUAUCCAGUUGCAUUUCCAGUGUGCUCGCUUUUCAUUGGAAACUCCGCCGCCUCGGAGAACAGACGCCGCGGGAUCGAAAACGCUCAGGUUGCACAGCUUUAUCUCGAUAUCUGUCUAUAGCUCUACCGUGAUUUUAGUGAGUGCGGUGGAUUGCUUAUCAGUUGUUGCCUUUCUCGGGAUCUUAUCAGGCGCUUUCUCCAUCUCGCUCCCGCCCAAACAAAAGAUUAAGACAACAAACUGGGAAUUUUUUGUGGAAGCUUACGUUCGCUGGAAAUGCCAUUUGAUAACGCGAUCCACUUCAAGACAUGGGCUCCUAGCUCUAUACACCGCGAAAAACAGUGCACAACAUUUCGUUGUUAACUAGAUUUGUAAAGAAACGAAUAUAUUUUUUAAUUGAAUAGCUAAUGGAUUGCAAUCAAUUAACUAAUUAUGAUAAACAACGUUUAAAAAUCUCACAUGAUUUGGACAACACUGCAAAAAUAGUAAGAACUAUUGCAAUAACACGUAUAAAAGUGUCAUGCACUUCGAAGCACUUAAAUAUGCAAAUCCCCCAAUUUUGGUAAUAUUUUUCCUGUGCAUAGGUCUUAUCACUGUUGACACAGCUGGAGGUUCUGUUCCGUUGCUGUUUCUCUUCUUGUUUCUGUUUCGGCCUCACUUACGGUUACUAUUUCUGUCUGUGUUUUUGAUUCUCCGUCUGCUUCGGAACGUGGCGCUCGGCGAGUGGAGAAUUAAAACAGCUCUUAACUUUUUUGCAGCCCAUCUGAACUAAUCCAAACCAAAGGUGAAUGGGAACUAUCCUAGAAGUAGCAAUCGAACCAAAAAAUACGAAUACCCUAAAUACAUACGUAGAACAUUAACCCUAGAAGUAAAGCCAAACGCAGCAGGUGCCGGUGUUUCCCAGGAAGCGGUCCCCAGAUAUUUAGUUACGAACCCAAAUAAUAAAAACCAAACAAAUGGUACGCAGCCGUCGCAGUGUGUCCAAGGAGGAUGCCGUCUCUCUGCUCACGGACAGCGGCAUAUCGCUGUCAUCGCCGCCGGCGGCGAGGGAAUCCUCACCAGGCCCCACGCUUGCGAUCCAGAGGAGGAAGAGCAGCUUGGCAAGUCUGCGCGAUGCCUGUGUGGACGACGAGGAGGACGACGGCGGAGAACAGGACUCAAAAGAUCAUGACUACGUGCAGCCGCAGCUUAAGAAGUCUGCCCGAAAGGACGAACCGGUGAAACGCAAGCACCAUGUCUGCAGUCAAUGCUCCAAGGAGUUCGGUGGCAAGACGGAUCUGCAACGCCACAUGCUUAUCCACUCGGACGAACGACCUCACAAGUGCAAGGAUUGUGGCAAGAGCUACCGCCAGGCGGUCAACCUGAAGAACCAUAUCACCACCGCCCACGAGCAUCGGAAGCAGUUCGUCUGUUCUCAGUGCCCAAAAUCAUUCGCCCUCAAGGAGCGCCUGCGGCUCCACAUGCGCCUCCACUCUGGCGAGAAGCCCUAUCCUUGCGCCCUCUGCGACAAAAAAUUCGCGCGAGGAGGUCAACUGCAACAGCACAUGGUUUCUCACCACAAGACUAGUAUCCAGCAGUUCAACUGCACCAAGUGCUCGGCUAGCUUCUCAACCAACGCCAAUUUACGGGUGCACAUGGAGCGACACGAGCAGGGCAUGGAGCACCGGUGCAGCAUCUGUGAGAGCCAAUUCGCCAACGAGCUGGCUCUGCGAGCCCACAUAAACCAGGAGCACCACAAGCUGACGCAAUUUGAGUGCGAGAUAUGCCAUAAGAUGAUCGAGCCGGACGAAGAUUUGGCCACUCACAUGCAGAGGCACGCCGCUGUUAAGACACACGUGUGCGAGGUGUGCAACACAUAUUUCACCCAGAAGAGCCAGUACAAUGUCCACAUGCGGAUGCACACGGGAGAGCGCCCCUAUCAGUGUAGGAUCUGCCACCAGACCUUUGCCCAUUCAAGCGUACUAAAACUGCACAUCCGGAAGCACACGGGGGAAAAACCCUUUCGCUGCCAGCUGUGCGAAGACGAAGUAGCCUUUUCUCAGCUGGCGCACCUAAAGAACCACAUGAAGAAGAUACACAAACAGCAAAAGCCCUACAUGUGCGAAGGCUGCCACGAGUUUUUUAAGAUCAAGGUGGAGCUGCAGUCGCAUGUUGAGCAGUGCGCCAAGUGUCCAGUUGACGGGGACAAGCCUAGUGGCAAUCAGUCUGAAGAUGCGCAAAUUCUUUCUGUGUUAAGAUUUAACAUGGCAGUAGUACUGAAAAAAAUUAGCUCCGCUCAAAAGCUGCGUCAGUUGGGCUACGAGAAGCGUCUAAUCGAUAACGUUAUCAUUGCAUCCUUGAAGCUGGCUCAGCGACAAUCCCAUGACGACGUCACGAUGACACCAUUGGCCAGACUCCGGCUAAAUGUGGAGGAAUUUCUUAAGUGGAUUGUGCCAGCCCCCACAAUGCAGAAAUUUAGCGACGAAUUGUUGUCUAUCGACACCAUUCUCGAGAAAAUUGCCACCAUGUAUAUGAAACAGAAGUAGAAUCCAGGAGUUGCUAGCCAACGCCAAAUGCGAGUGUGCCAUAGAAGAAGGAUUUGAAGAACUAGUUCUUGCCAUUUAGUUUAAUGUUUAGUAACCCAAAGUUGCAGAACGAAACCCAACCAAAUAAUUUAUCCCAAAGAUGUAUACUUUAUAGUACAGAUCAUUUUACUGAAUUACUACCCUUAUCCCAAUUUUGCUGCUACCAAAAAGUAUAAUUUGAAGAAUGUAUGAGUUAGUGUUGUCAUAAUAAUUUUCCUAUUAAAGGAAAUUAGUUUAAGAAUGAAUUUCGAUGCAAUAAUUUAUAUAAUAAUAAGUCUAACAUGAUUGAAACCUCAAAUAUUUUUGUAUACUUAGUCUUGCCAGAGCAACAGAUUGUCUCGGAGUGAAUCUAUAACAGCUCAAGUGCAAUACAACUCAUUGUGGCCAUGCUUGUAAAAUUAAUAAACUUAAUGCAUUUAGUUGCCAUUUGUCUU